AUGCGCUUCAUUUGUGUCCUAUUCCUUAGCUGUGUGGUGGCCUAUGCUUCCGGUGCAGGCACCUCUCCGAGCACCUCCCCGAGCACCUCCCCAAGCACCUCCCCGAGCACAUCCACACCAAGCACCUCGCCGGCCACCUCCACCCCAACCACCUCCACUCCAACCACUUCAACACCAAGCACUUCGACACCAACCACAUCCACAGCUACCACUGCAGCUCCAGCAAGUGAUGCGGCCACGACUACCACAACUGCAUCAUCCACAGCAACUACCACCACCGAAUCGACCACACCCAAGAAGAAGAAGCACGUCACCCACUGGAAGGUUAAGCGUCAUCAUAAGAAGAACAACAAGAACAAGAAGAAUGGUCACAACAAGAAGAAGAUAAUCCACAGACACCGCGCUUAG